AUAAGACACUCAGAUAAACUUUCACUAGCUACGUUUGUUUGAAAGGAAAGCACAAAGACCACUGGGAUUAAAUAUAAGUCACGACUUUGUUGUUGAAAUAUUUUUUAUAUAAACAUGCCUAUAAAAGUAUGUCGGUUCUGUUUUUUUCUCUCAACCAAAAAUGUUUGACACCUUAACAAUCCGUCCCUUUCUGUCUGCAAAUCUCGAUUUUAUCUUUGCGCACCAUUCAAAGGUCUUUCAAAAUAUAUAAUAAGCCACUUGUAUUUUCUAUCUAUAAUGUUGAGAAACAGUUAGAUUUCACAAUAUGUAGUAGCUCAAAUUUGACAAAUAUCUGAAUGAACAGUGCAUCACUUGUAGGAUAAUAUGAUUAUGAGAGUCUUAUCCUAUUGGAUCCUACGUUACCAUGGUAUGGCAGAAUGGCGUCAUUGGCGGGCUAAAACAAAAACAAAUGAACAGCUUUUUCAAAUUUAAAAGGCUCACAAUAUCCUUAACAAUUUGCUAGAUACAUUUAUGGGAGACAACGAACUUUUACCUCCCACUAAUUCGCAAUUGGAAGAAAGCACUGGUGAAGAAAUAUUAAACCAUGUUUUGUCUCUUCCAUCGCCAAAAUUCUCUCCUGUUUCCAGUCCUAGUGGUAUGAGUAGGACAUUGAGACUUUGCCGUGAAGACAAUAGAGACGUUUCGUGUGUAGUAAUGCAAGAAGACCAAAGCAUCAGCGUCUCCACUACAAAAGGAGAAGAGAAGAAGAAAGAUGUCCUGAAAAGUCGUUUAUAUGAUAGCGUCAAAACGGCCGAAGUUUAUCGUAAUAUUCAAUUCCAGACCAGAAUAAAGCCAAGUCCACCAGCUUGCGAAUCUCCAAAACAACAUUUAGGACUGUAUCGAGCCACAAUACUUAGAAGAGAAAGACAAAAGAAGAUUAUGAGUGGUGAAAAUACUUCAAUUGACAAAAAAAAUGACACGAAAAGUAUUGUUGUGUCUCAAGAUGCCAUUUACCAGCAAUGUCAGAAUUCCAAUGAACCAAUGCAAAGUCAGUCAAUUCAGAAAACAAUUGCAGAAGAAAUGUUUGAUAUUGGACCUGAUCGCUUCAGAGGUCUUGAUGUUAUUGAUGUUAUACAUUUAUUACAUAAACGCUUGAACUGGGUAAUUAAUGUUGAAGAAAUUGAUAAAAAAGAUAGCAAAAAGAAAAGAUCCCUUGAAAAUAAUUGGACAGUAUGCAAACCUGUUGAUUCUUUAAGAGAUGAUGGUACAUUUGCAUAUGCUGUAUUGAGGAAGAGUGAAAAGAUUACUGCACGAUACAAUCCUUACAAUCUGUUAUGUGUUGCGGCUAGAAAGGCAGUCAAAACUAAUCAGUUCUUCACUGUAACAGCAUCAGGCAUUACACAGAUAACGAAUAGAACCGAAUCUAUUUUUGUUCCCAUGUCUCGUUGGUUGUAUGAAAGAAAGAUUUUUAACAAAUUAUUUUGUUUUCCUGUGUUUGAGAAGUUCAGGAUUUGGAAGAUGUUUACCACUUGGAAAAACAAUGUUCGUUUUUCUAACACUACAGCUAACAGGCAAUUUCUGAAAGAAUCACUUCCAAUAGCAGAGGAUACCUUACAAUCAUCACUUUUCAAGAUUCAAAGUCUCUGUGAGGAGAAAUUUAGUAGCAAUGCUCAGAAUCUUCGUGGCACAGUUAUGUUUUUCGAUGAAUCAUUUUACGAAAGAACAUUCACUUUGAAGGAGUUUGUCACGGAGAUUUCUCAACGAGUGAAUCACGUGAACACUCUACUUGGAAAUCUUCGUUCCCAAUGUCUGUCGAUCGUUGUUGAGGCUUGUCUCAUAUUAAUUCAAGAACACGAAGGUUUAUUGCCUUGGUUGUUGUCUGAUCAAGAAUAUUUAGCUGUUAAACCAACGUACAUUCACAUUACCCAAUGGCGUGCCCUCAUCAACAAGCUGUACAAAUUUGUGAGAAAUGUCGACUUUGUCAUGCUCAAUUUGCUACGUCGUUUGGUUGUGACAGCUACUCGCACUCUAUUGGCGAUGUUUGAAACGUCGUCAACAAACGGAAAUUCUGACCAGACUAACGUUCACGUUGCUAUGGAGUCAUGUAUAGAUGAUCGUUUCCAGUCUCCUCCUCUGUUGAUAAUUGAACUUAUUCUCACAGUUCCCGAAAUUGUGGAGGAUAUAGCAUCUUCAAAUGGCGAUAGAGGUAUCGCUGACGCCCCAGAAGACAGUUUUGAUUGUACGUUACACGACAGCACUGUUAGUCUAAGUCCCACAAAGGAGGAGUUCUUGUCUAAAAUAAAUGAUGUGAUCAUGAGUUUUCAUCAAGUUGCCGCAUCAUUCAAAAGCUUGUUCUUGGAUGAUCGUGUCAAAUCAUUGGUAACUCCACCUUCCAGUGAUCUCGUUCAUUCAAUCCGACAAACCGAUCUAUCUGAAAGUGUUUCAAUGCCUGAAUCUUGGCCUGACGUUCAAUUAAUCUUCGGGCAAGAUCCUGAUUAUCAGAAAACUAUCAGUAAAUUGAUGGUGUUGAUUAAGAAAAAUGUUCAACGUGUCGAAGUUUUUUCUGAGAACUAUGGAAAGUUUUGUAAAAUGGUUGAUGUAUGUCGUAGAGUAGAUGUAGAUAAAUCGAUGAACAAUCAAAUUUGGGGUUUUAGCGAAUUUAACUCCAGUUUGUCGAGGCACUCAAAUCAGGUUAAAUCAAUGAAUGAAAUGUUCCUCAAAAAGAGAAUUGGUUUCAUUGAGAUGGAUGCAAGUUCAUUUUGCGCAUCAUGUGUCCCCUAUCCUACUGAUGUAUUAAAAUGCGUCCAUCAUCAUUUGCCUAUCGUCGCCGCUGAAGCCAACAGUGAUUUACUUAUUGUGAUUAAGCGAUAUUUCAACAAUUUGACGAACUUUCCCGUUACUGUUGAAGAAUUCAUGGAACGCUUGAACAUCCAAGCACGUGUUGCACGUGAAUUGACUCAACUGGAGCACGAUUUUGUGAAAGUGAACCAACUAUACUCUCUCAUUACAAAGUUUGAAGUGUGUGUCGUACCUGAAGAGAUGGCUUUGUAUCAAACACUAAUGCCCAGCUUUCAAAACUUAAAAUCAACAUUGCUGUUUUGUGAAGCCAAGAAAGACGAGAACAUUAUAAAGUUCAGUCACGAUCUGGAUGCUUUGAUUGCCACCGUCUACCAAGACCUGCAUGUGCUGUCAAGCAAGAUACGAAGUUCUUCUUUGACUGGUUCAAAUAACGCGGCAAAGACCAUCUUGGACACGAUAGGUGUUUUAGGAGAUGAACUUGACGAGAUUUCCAAAACAGCCCGCAAAUUUGCCGUCUAUCAGGAUAAUUUCCUUGCAGCUUUGUCGAGCUCUUCUCGACGCAUGGCAAUUAUUGCUGGGGAAGAUCGUAGAAAGAACGAUAAUGCUGUGUCAUUACUGAGAGACGUUGCUGAUGUUGAACGUGAUCUCUCACUACGAAAACUUCUGUGGGAGUCGACUGAACAAUGGGCACAAUGUGUGAAAGUAUGGAAGGAAAGACCGUUUAAACUUCUUGACGUUGAUGAGAUACAAAAAACUGUCACUAAAUUGAUGCAAACUGUUUUUCUUUUAGAGAAAGGAAUACCGAAUAAUAGCAUUGUUAGUAAGCUGAAAGAUGAAGUGAUGUCAUUUAAAGAAGGCAUGCCUGCUGUUGUUGGUUUACGUAAUCCUGCAUUUAAAUCCCGGCAUUGGGAAGCUGUUCAACAGUUGAUGCAGCAGACGUUCAUUCGCGACAAACGUUUCACAUUAGGAGUGCUAAUGGAGAGGAAUGUGUUCCAUUAUAAGUUAAAGAUAGUUGAAAUCUCAUCUCAUGCGACAAAUGAGUUUGCGCUGGAACAGAUGUUACGAAAGGUAAUGGACUACUGGAAACGUACAGACUUUCAUCUUAUAGCUCAUAGUAGCCGCGAUAUUGCUAUUAUAAAUGGUGCGGAUGAUAUAGCAAGUGCCCUUGAAGACAGUAUAGUAACGUUGGCAAAUGUCAAGAGUUCAAAAUUCGUUGCUCCUAUCAAGUCGCUUGUUGAAGAAUGGGACAGAAAAUUGUUAUUGUCCUCUUUAACUUUGGAGGAAUGGUUGAUAUGUCAACGUCAUUGGUUGUAUUUAGAGUCGAUAUUCUCCGCAUCAGACAUCAAGAGGCAACUUCCGAACGAGGCGAAGCUGUUUUCUCAGGUUGAUAGAUCUUGGAAAGACAUCAUGCGAAGAACUGUUGACCGUCCAAAUGCUCUAUCGGCAUCAACUGCACCAGGCGUCCUGGAAAUCCUACAGACCUGUAACACCCAGAUGGAAAAGAUCCACAGAUGUCUCGAAGAUUAUCUGGAAACAAAGCGAUUGAUUUUUUCAAGAUUCUACUUUCUUUCCAACGACGAUCUUAUUGAUAUCUUAUCCAACGCUAAAGAUCCGUACUGUGUUCAGCCUCAUCUUAAGAAAUGUUUUGGUAAUGUUCGUAAACUUGGUAUGAAACAUGAUUCCGGUGCUUUCCAUGUUCAUUACAUGGUCUCUGCUGAAGGAGAAUGUGUUGCAUUGCACAAGUCUAUAAAGAUUAGAGGCGCCAUCGAAUCAUGGCUGACUACUAUUGAACAAGCAAUGUUAAAUGUUGUUACAAUGCAUUUCAAGCAAGCUCUUAGCAAAGGAACGACGUUUUCGAAUCUUGGGUUUUUAGGACACCGGGACAAGUCACCCGGGACAAGUUGUUUUAACUGUGGUAUUUAUACAUUAUCUCGUUCUCCUUUGGUCCACGAAUCUUGGGUUUUAGGUCACCCGGGACAAGUUGUUUUAACUGUGUCCCAAAUUUUAUUCUGUCGUCAAGUUGUCGAGUGUAUGGAAGAUGAAAAUAAAUCGCUUCAAUACCUCAAAGAUGAACAAUUAUCAAAGCUGAAUACUUUAGUACAACUGGUUAUGUCGCAGUUGCUAUAUCAUCAAAGACGAUCCAUCGAAUCCUUGCUAACGAUCAAAGUCCACGAGCGAGAUACCUUACAGAUGCUGAUUGAUGAAAAUAUACACGACACGGAAGAUUUUCAGUGGAAACGAAAACUGCGCUACAGAUGGAAUGACAACAACAGCACUUGCCGUGUCCUUCAGCAUAAUUCGGGUUUUGAAUAUGGUUUUGAGUAUCUUGGUUGUCCUUCGCGCCUGGUUAUCACACCUCUUACAGAUCGGUGUUAUCUUACGUUAACUACAGCUUUACAUCUUCAUUUGGGUGGAGCACCCUUUGGUCCUGCGGGCACAGGCAAGACUGAAACCGUAAAAGAUCUUGCCAAGGCAAUGGGUAAGCAAUGUAUAGUCUUCAACUGCUUUGAGGAUUUGGACUUUAAGAUGACCGGGAGAUUUUUCUCUGGAGUUGCUCAAUCAGGAUCCUGGUUCUGUUUUGAUGAGUUUAAUCGAGUUGACGUCGAAGUUUUGUCAGUGGUAGCGCAGCAACUCUACGCCAUUAAGACAGCUAAAGACAACAAUUCCCCAUGGUUUCUUUUCGAAGGACGAGACAUACGUUUACGUAGUUCUUGUGGAGUUUUUAUAACAAUGAAUCCAAGAUACGCUGGACGUGUUGAGCUGCCGGACAAUGUGAAAUCUUUGUUUCGUCCAUUUGCAAUGAUGGUGCCCGACCUUAUUUUGAUAACAGAAAUCAUUCUUUACUCGGAAGGUUUUGUCACAGCUGUUCCGUUGUCGAGAAAAGUUGUCAAGCUUUAUGAACUUAUCAGUACGCAACUUUCGCAGCAGGAUCAUUAUGAUUUUGGACUUCGGUCCAUUAAAUCAAUGCUGGUAUUGGCUGGUCAGCAUAAGAGAUCAAAUCCAAGACCAUCAGAUAAGUUUGAUGAUAUAAAGCUUCAUGAAGCCUCGUUAUUACUGAAAGCAAUUCGUAAUUCAAACCUUGCGAAGUUCAUUACAGAAGAUAUAGUAUUGUUCGAUCAAACAUUGACUGAUCUUUUCCCUAAUAUGACAAAACUCUCUCAAAAUGAUAAAAUCUUUCAGAAAGCAAUUGAACUUGCUUUAGAGGAACUCUGUCUACAAUAUAGUCCCUCACAGGUGGAGAAAGUUUCGUAUUUACACGAAAAUCUUCUUGGACGUUCUGGAGUUGCGCUUGUUGGGAAAACUGGAGGGGGGAAAACAGCUAUGAUAAAUAUACUUAAAGAAGCCAUGUCGUUUGAACCUAUUUUGCACAUUUUGGAAGACAGAUGUCUUGCUCAAACUGACCAGAUAUGCAGCGUUACUGAAAUGACCAAGAAUGAAAUCACUUCGUCCAAGCAUGUGAUCGGCAAGAAGGCACAAGUCAACGUAGUCACAAUCAACCCAAAAUGUCUAAGUCUUUUAGAACUUUAUGGAGAAUUCAACUUUACCACAAUGGAAUGGAAGGAUGGCUUUUUAUCGUGUAUGUUUCGAAAGUUCUCUGACGACAGCAACAAAGAUGUUGUUCAAUCUAAAUCACGAAAUGAUAGUAAAGAAUCUUACAUACUGACCUUAACCGAUUGCCAUGAAAGUCCGACAUCAGUAUCAUCUUCCUUCGAGAAUCCUUCACAAAAAGAGCAAAUAAAUGCUUGGUACUGGAUUGUUUUUGACGGUCCUGUUGAUACGUCGUGGGUAGAGAAUCUCAAUUCUGUUCUCGAUGAUACUCGGGUUCUGUGCUUAGCCAGUGGUGAACGUAUUUCUUUUGGUCCUGGUAUGAAACUUAUUUUUGAAGUGGAUCAUCUUGCUAAUGCUUCACCGGCCACAGUCAGUCGCUUUGCUGUCGUUUAUGUUGAUCAAAAUGAUUUGGGUUGGAGACCAUGGGUAAAAGGUUGGCUUGAAAAACUUAUAAAAGAAAAUAAGGUUCAACAAGAAGGCUUUGAUCAUUUACAGUGGUUGUUUGAUUUUACUGUCGACGAGGGUUUACGAUUUAGAAAGACUAAAACUUCCUCAGAUCAGCUAUAUCAGACGUGUGAUUUAAGUAUCGUGAAAUGCCUCUGUGCUCUCAUAGACGCUUUAUUGAAUCAUGUUCAUCAAGACGACGACGCUCGUAUACACAGUCGUUCGUCUGAAGCAUCCGAAAAUUUCAGCUCAACGCAAGUGUCAUUAAUCAACGAAGAAGACACGCUUCCAUCAAAACAACAAGUGGACAAUAUAGAACUUUUGACUAAAAUUUUCUUGUUUUCUUAUACGUGGUCUGUUGGCUCUACGUUCGUCACAGCGGAGGAGGAUACAGACUUUGCUUACUCUCCAUCUGCAAGUCAUAAUGACAUCAGCCAAGAUAAAACGCUAAAAACACUUUACUUUGAAUUGGAGACUUGUUCAAAUCCUUUCGACUUUUUCAUACGUCGCAUUUGCCAAAAUCAUCUUGUCCUAAAGAAAAUGCUUCCCCCUAUUUCCUACACCGUGUUCGAUUAUUUUCUCAACUUGGACACGGGACAAUUUCUUCUGUGGUAUGAACUUGUCCCUAGAGCUGAUGUCCUUAUACAAUCAUCACUCACCCAAAGUUUAGACGAUGAACCCAAUUUGGAAAGAGAAUUAACUCUAGAUGAUAGUAAAGAUCAAAAUCUAGUACCUACGCGUGAUACGAUCCGUUAUGGCUUUUUAAUGACGUUGUUGUUACUUAACAAUCAACCCGUAUUGCUGGCUGGGGGCAUUGGCGUGGGGAAAUCUAUUCUUGUUGAAGAUGUUUUGUUUCAAUUAUCUAAAGACGUUGUUUCAACAAAUGGUCUGAAAAGCAUUCUUGAUAAAGUAUUGCAUUCCCGCAGUGAUUUAAAUGAAAAUUGGACAGAUUUCCAGAAGCAUCGUGCCAAUGUUUUGCCUUCAUUGCGUUACUCUACACUACAAUGUUCUGCAAAGCUCACUCCCGCGCAUGUGCAAGCUUUGAUUGUGAGUAAACUUAUGAAAAGAAGAGGACAAAGUCUUGAUACACAAAUAGGAGGAAAGAUGGUUGUUUUCAUGGAUGAUCUCAACAUGAUAGAGCCUGAUGAGUAUGGUUCCCAUCCCUCCCUGGAGUUGUUACGAGAAUUUAUGGAUCACGGAGGGCUCUAUGACGUAAAACGGCUGCAAUGGACUGAUGUAUUUGAUGCUACAGUGGUAGCUACUUCCGGUCCGCAAAAUGGCGGGAGAUAUUCAAUCAAUCCUAGAGUUUUGAGACAUUUUAAUGUUCUUUCCCUUUCUCCUCCUGCGGUAAGAUCCCUUAAUCGCAUAUUUCAAGUACGCCUUGGUCGACAUCUACGAACUCCCGAUUUUAGCCAUGAUGUGCGAGUGAUGAACAAUGAAUUGGUGUCUGCAACGCUUGCUGUUUUUUUUGCAAUCUCUUCGGAGCUGCUACCAACUCCUGGCAAAUCUCAUUACAUCUUUAACAUCAAAGACGUUAACAAGGUAAUCAUGGGCCUCAUUCAAGCCAACAGUGCAAAUGUUUCUAGCCGGCAAAACAUGGCGUUACUAUUUGCUCACGAAGUGACUCGAGUUUUUCACGAUCGUCUUGUUGAUGACACUGAUCGUACGUUCUUUAAGAAGGUUUUGUACGGGAAUAUGGAUGAAUGUUUACGAUAUAAACUACCUGACGAUAUGCUAACUAAUAACACGUUAAUGUUUGGGGAUUUUGCUGAUUUAAAUAAUCCUACAUCGGAUCGAACUUAUCAACGGAUUGAAGAUGUUGACUUACUGUCUCGAAAUUUGCAGGAAUUCUACGAUCGCCUUCGUUCGACAGAUGAGAGGUUUGAAGAGCCUUUUGUGUUCUUUCGUCAGGCAGUUGAGCAUCUCUCGCGUGCUGCUCGUGUAUUCCGACAACAGGGUGGUCAUAUGCUAUUGGUUGGUUUGGGUGGUACGGGAAAACGUAAUGUGGUUAAACUUGCUUCAUAUUUGGAAAAUUGCGAGUUUCUCACGCUACGAACUAUGUCCAACUAUAACACAACAGAAUUUCACGAAGAUGUGAAAAGUGCUCUCUUUUCUGCUGGUCUGGACGGUCUUAAUACAGUUCUGUUUUUGAGUGAUAGAUGUUUAAUUAAGGAAUCAUUCUUUGAAGACAUCAGUAACAUGUUGCACGGUCGUGAGGUACCCAAUAUGUUCAGUAUUGAAGAUAGAGAACGUAUUUUCAUCCGUUUAAGAAAGAAUGCAGACGAAAUUUCCAAUGACAGGCUCACUGUGUUUGAUUUAUUCAAACAACGUGUGAAUAAGAACAUUCACUACGCCAUUUCUAUGACUCCGUCAGGAACAUUGUUUCGGCGACGCUGUCGUGUUUAUCCGUCUUUGAUUAAUUGUUGUGCCAUUGACUGGUAUGAUGAGUGGCCUAGCGAUGCGCUGGAGGCUGUUGGAAAUGCUAUUUUGCAGCCUGUUAACCUUGCAGAGUGUCAACGACUAACCCAUCUUUCUGUCGACAUUCAUCGUAUCAGUCAAGAGGAAUCUUCUCGAUUUUGGAAGGAGCUGUCGCGUCGUUGCUAUGCAACUCCAGCAACAUAUAUAGAAUGUAUUGAAAUGUUUGUUAAGAUUUACUCUGAGAAAAGGCAAAAAUACAUAAAAUAUAGAGAUCGUUUGACUUCCGGCAUACAGAAGUUAGAUGAAUCCUACGAUCUAGUUGGGAAAAUGCAGGAAGAACUUGUGGAACUUGCUCCUGCUUUAGAACGCAAGACUAAGGAAACCGAAGAACUGCUCAUCCAGCUGGCAAAAGAACAAGAAUCUGUUGAUGAAGUACGUCGUGUUGUGUUGGAUGAAGAGGUUCAACUAAAUGAAGAGGCGAAGCAAGUUCAGGAGAUUGCAAAUGAAGCUCAACGGGACUUGGACCAAGCAUUGCCAGCACUUAUUGCGGCUAACGAAGAUCUUAAUACUCUUGAUAAGGCUGACAUUGCAGAGAUAAGAGUGUACACGAAACCACCAGGGAUGGUGAUGACAAUCAUGGCUGCAGUUUGUCUUAUUCUUAAUGAAAAGACUGAUUGGGUUAAUACUAAACAAGUAUUGGCAGAUCCAGGAUUCUUAAAGCGACUCAUCAACUUCGACAAAGAUAGCGUUACCGACCGAGUGUUCAAUAAACUCAGACGGUACACUGCACAUCCUAGUUUUACUCCAAAACAUGUUGGAAAGAUUUCUGUCGCAUGUCAGUCGAUGUGUCGCUGGGUGAUUGCAAUUGAUCUCUAUGCGGAGGCCAAUAGGGCUGUUUUACCUAAACGUGCUCGUUGUGAAGAAGCUUUUAGAACACUAGUUGAGGCAAAGAAAAAAUUGGAUUUGAAACGAGCAGCUCUGGAGAAAAUUGAGCAUGAAGUGAAAUUAUUACAAGACCAUUACCAAGAAAGUCUUUUAGCAUUACAGUCCUUAGAUGAGCACAAACGUCAGACAACAUCGCGUCUUGAACGUGCAUCCGUCUUGUCUAAAGCUUUUGCAGACGAACACCGGCGAUGGACGGAGAGUGUUGUAAAACUUGACGAGAGCUCCCGAAGUCUUGUGGGCGAUGCUUUUAUUUCUGGUGCGACAAUUGCAUACCUUGGUGUUUUUAGUCGGAAAUUUCGUGAACAGAUUUUCUCUCGAUGGCUCGAGUCCUGUAAAGCGCGUGAAAUUUCUCUAACUCGAAAAUUUGAUUUCACUCAGUUUUUGACUGAACAAGGAAACAUUCAAAGAUGGUUGGCAAACUCAUUGCCUGAUGAUAAAACUUCCAUAACAAGUGCUGUUCUUUUGCGUAACUCAAGGAAAUGGCCACUUCUCAUCGAUCCACAAGGACAGGCUUUGAAAUGGAUUUCCGACAUGGAGAAGGAGAACGAAGUGACCUUCGUGAAGUCUGGUGACGUAAAUUGUCUUUCAAUCAUUGAAGGAGCUGUACAGUUUGGGAAGGCUGUUGUUAUCACGGAGGUCGGUGAAUGUCUUGACUCUCGUUUAGAGUCAGUCCUACUACGUCGUACAACUUUACGUGGUGAUUCCAUGAUGAUGAAAGUGAACGAAACUGAAGUGGAAUACAACAAUAAUUUUCAACUGUAUCUUGAUACACCUAUAAGUAAUCCUCAGUUUUUCCCCGAAGUUUUCAACCAGGUCACUGUGAUCAACUUCACAGUCACCUUUGAAGGUCUUCAGGAUCAACUCCUUUCAAAAGUUCUUUUUAAAGAACGACCAGAGUUGGAGAGUAAAUUCUUUUGUCUGAUGGAAAAUGUUGCCUGCGAUCGUUCCAAGAUAAGAGAUUUGGAGGACAAGUGUCUAGAUCUUUUGCAAUCUUUCGAAGGAAACAUAUUAGAUGAUGAAGAACUCCUUGCUACUUUACAAGACAGCAAGAAUACCGCCGAUAAGAUACAACGAAAACUGCAACAAUCAGAAAUUGCUCGUAACGAAAUGCGCAUGACCCGCCAGCAUUAUCUUCCGGUUGCAACACGUGGUGCUAUCAUCUACUUCACAUUGGUCGAUUUACCAAGUCUUAAUGUCAUGUAUCACUUCUCCUUACAAUGGUUUGUUAACAUUUUCACGGGAUGUUUACUUAAAGAGACCGGAGCGACAAAUGAUGAUCAAAAGAGAGCAAACUCACCUUUAUUGGGUACCCUUCAAGCAGGAACAGUUCAACCUUUGUACCGAAUGAAAAAACGGAGACACAGUAGCGGCGCUUAUGAAAUGUUAAUUAAAGAGAGAAAACGCCAAAUGAGUUCGACCGACGCAUCCAAAGUAGGAUUGCAAGCUCAUCUUGAGAAUAUGAUUGAUACAAUCACUGAAACUGUGUGUCAUCACGUAACUUAUGGAUUAUUUGGCAGACAUCAAACAACAUUCUUGUUCAUGUUAUGUUGUAAUAUUAUGAAGCGCACAAUCAAUCCAGAUACUAGAGAACCCCUCAUCACUAAGACCGAAUGGCGUUUGUUCAUUUCGGGUGCUUCAUCACCAGUAUUACCUCAAAGACACGCUUCAUUAACAUCAGGAUUUGACAAAGAAAUGAAAGAUGGACAUAAAUCACGAUCACAUAAACCACCACUGAAAUGGAUAACAAUGAGCAUGUGGGAAGAAUGUCUCUUUUUAUCCUCGAAAAUCCAUGCAUUUUUGGGUUUCUGUAAACACUUAGGUGUAAAUGAGCGUUUUUGGUUGGAUUUUUCCGAAGUCAAAAACCCUUAUGUUUAUCUUGCGAUGAACGGCAACGCAUUAAAACUGGAUGAUUACGGCAACAAAAAUGAGUGGCAAGUUUCGAAUCUCAGUAAUUUUCAGCGUUUAAUGUUAGUGAGGACACUUCGUCCAGAGCGGUUACUUCAUGCUGUUGGCAAAUUUAUCAAGGAACAUUUUGGAGAGCAAUUCAUGUCGACUAAGCCGCUCAACCUCCACGAAAUCUUCACUGAAUCAACCCCUAAAGUUCCUCUUUUAUUCAUCUUAGCUCCUGGAGCCGACCCUGCAUCACAACUGAUGCGAUUCGCCCGCGAUAUCCGAGGCAGUUCGUGUCAGUUGGAUAUGAUCUCGCUUGGGCGUGGUCAGGAGGUGCAUACCGAAGAGACUGUGACCAAGGCAUAUCGACAUCGCGGGCGCUGGGUGUUUCUGCAGAACUGUCAUCUUGCAUUAUCCAUUAUGCCUCGUCUAAAGGAAAUAGUUCGAAAAAUUAGUGACCCCACCGUCGCUGUUGAACCUGCUUUUCGACUUUGGUUGAGUUGUGCACCCCAUAGUGAAUUCCCAGUUUCUAUACUACAAGAAUCAACAAAGAUGGUAAUGGAGUCUUCAUUAGGUGUAAAAGCGAAUCUUCGUCAAUCAUUUGCGUGCGUGGGUGGUGCAGUAUCUCCCGGUAUGUUUGAGGAUAACAAUCCUGGAUUGCAUUGGAAAAAACUUGUCUUUGGAUUAUGUUUUCUUAACGCCGUCAUCCACGAAAGACGAAAGUUUGGAGCUCUUGGUUGGAAUAUCCCCUACGAUUUUCGUGUAGCUGAUUUAGAGGUAUCAAUUUCGACACUUCGUAUGCUGUUGAUCGAGCAUUCCCCUGUCCCUUGGCACGCUCUAUUGUUUCUUACCGCUGAGAUAACUUAUGGUGGGCGCGUGACGGAUAAAUGGGAUAAACGGUGUUUACGUAGUAUGGUAGAGAAGUAUUGUUCACAAGAGUGUCUUCAGGAUGGAUUCACGUACACGAGUAAGAAGAUUUAUUAUCCACCAUCCAAUGACGUGUCCUUUUCACGUUGUUGUGAAUACAUCGAAAGCUUGCCUUCUGUGGAUCAUCCGGAACUCUUUGGUAUGCAAUCGAAUGCCAAUUCUCUUUUUGAGAAGAGCGAGGCAAAACAGCUUUUGGCUGAUCUUCUACUGGUUCAUCCACAAAUCGACAAAAAUGUUGGAUGUGGAAAAACGAACGAAGAAAUAGUUAUAGAACUCAUUCGGGACAUUCAAAAACUUCUUCCCCUCAAAAUUAGAGAUGUGAAUUUAGAAACAUGUGCCUCAACACAGACAACUGUCUCGUUAUCGGCGAUGUAUACAACCUUAAAGCAAGAAGUGUCUAGAUUUCAAAAUCUCUUGGAUGUAAUACACUCUUCACUAGUUGCGUUACAACAUGCCAUUGAAGGACGUCUCUUACUUACUGCUGAAAUUGAAGAUACACAAAAAUCUUUGCUGCACAACCAAGUUCCCAGUGAAUGGCAGAAAGUAGCUUAUGGUUCUACGAAGUCUCUUGCAUCUUGGCUGAAUAAUUUGCGUCAAAGAAUAGAAUUCUUUUUGCGUUGGUUUAAAGAAACCCUUGCCCAGCAAGAAGCUUCAGGAUACUCGGUUCAAUCCCAAGAUUCUACGUCAUCAAAUGGCGUGCUACGAUCUCGUGACAUGCCUCGUGCAUUCUGGAUCUCUGCUUUCUUUUGUCCACAAGGUUUCUUUACAUCAGUCCUUCAACGUCAUGCUCGUUUACAUCAAGUUUCCAUAGACUCGCUGAUGUUGUUUUAUGACGUCACGGAACGAAAAUGGCUUCCCGAAGAUUGUGCUCACGAACAUGACGUAGACAUGACACAAGUGGCAUUUGGUGGCUCCCCCCCUGAUGACUGUAUGCGUUUCUUUGGUUUGUAUCUGGAUGGUGCUGUUUGGAAUGCUGAACUUGCAUGUUUGCAAGACUCAGGUUUUAAUGAAAGAUUUACAGCCCUUCCUGAAGUCAAGAUACUAGUGAUGGAAAAACAACAAGAAAAUGUUGACAACAGGCUGCUAUCCUACGAGUGUCCCGUUUAUUGUACACCUGUUCGUGGGAGAUCAUUUGUUACUGCUAUUCGUCUUCCUUCACGACAUCCUCCUAAGCAUUGGAUCAUGCAAGGCACUGCUCUGGUUACACAACAUCCUGAAUAGGCAAUCCUCUUGUCCGUGAGUUUGUGGUUGUAAUAUCACACGUUUUUUAUAUGAUUUUUCAUCAAUGAAUAUUCAUCUGUUUAAUUCGUUUUGUGAUAGAUGGUAUUCAUUUUGAAUCGAACGUUUUCAAAGUUUGCAAAUAUUUUUUACAUAUUUAUUUGUGUACAUUUGUACAGAUGAAACUUUUAUUUGCUGUGUUUUAUUUCAAAUUGGAGUGGAAUUUCAUGAAAAAAUCUCCAUUACAAAUGUGUGUGGAGCACUAAAAUUUGAUUCACUGCGCAUAUAUAUGUUUUCAAACACUUUAUAUAUAUAUAUUGCUGUCUUGCGAAUAAUCAUAUAAUAAAGGUCCCAACCAGCCAUUUGGAAAUGCACCAAAAUCAACUUCGAACAGAAGUUGGAAUGGUGUAGUGUUAGACCUGAUCCGAACUGUUAUGCAUGCGGUCAAGAUUACGUAGUCAAGCUUGGUCAUGUUGAUUGCUUGCAUCAACGAUAGCAAAAGAAAGGCCAAACAUUAUGGUAUAUGAUGCUGACAUUCAUUGGGUGAAAUUUACUGAUUUUUGUCUGAAAUUAAGUAUAUAUUUAUCAUCAUGAUCCAUCCCUCUCGAAAUUUUUAUUGAAAAUGAGAAGAGAACAAACUUCGAUCCUUUUCUUACAAGUGAUUUAUGUUGCCAUACGACAUGCUUAACAUUUUGUGUUAAAUAACCUUUUAUCGCGCGAUAUGCACAAUAUAGUAACCAUAAAUAAAUAGAAACCUAAUCAAACUUAUAUGAAAAAGUAGCUGGCGUUACGAAAGGUGAUAAUGAAAAUGAUACUACUGAUUCAAAA